AUGUGGACGGGUUCGGGACGAAUUCAUUCAAUGGACAAGAUUUUUUAUUAUUCUGGAAAUAACACUGGUACUCACUCAAAUGGAGUAGGAAUACUGGUAGAUGAGAGCUUAAGCAACUCUGUAUGCAAUUUUGUGCCAGUAUCAGAUAGAUGUAUGAUGAUACAAAUAGAAGGAACCCCGCUAAACGUGAAUAUUAUCCAGACUUAUGCUCCCACUUCAGAAAGUUCAGAAGAGGAAUUGGAAAGAUGGUACGAUGAAUUGGAACAAGUAUACAAGUUAACUAAACAACAUGACAUUAAUAUAAUUAUGGGCGACAUGAACGCAAAGGUUGGCGAAGGACCAAUAAAUAACAUUGUUGGAAAAUACGGGCUAGGAGUGAGAAACGAGCGUGGAGAAAGAUUGAUAGAAUUUUGUCAAGACCACAACAUGACAAUUACAAACACUCUAUUUAAGUUGCCUAAAAGAAGAUUAUAUACCUGGAGAUCCCCUCAAGACAAUGGCAUCAGAAUAGUUCGGAACCAGAUAGAUUUCAUUUUAAUAAACCAGCGAUUUAGAUCAUCUGUUAAAAGCGCAAAGACGUUUCCAGGCGCAGAUAUUAAUUCCGAUCAUAAUCCUGUUGUUGCAAAUAUAAAACUAAAAUUAAAAUUUACUGGAAAAAACAUUCGUAUAAAAAAUAGACAUCAAGAUGUUGAAAAACGAAGACGUAAAAUAAAACAGAGUAGCCCAGAAGUUAAUGAUGCUUUGCAGGAAGUGAGAAACAGUGAAGAAGAUAUAAACACUACCUGGAACGCAUUAAAAACACCCUUAGUUAAAGCCACACAAACACAUUUAACUGGCCUAAAAACAAAGAAGAAACAAAGGAUGACGGACGAAAUUCUCCAACUUAUGGACCAGCGCAGAGAACACAAAAGUCGAGAUACUAUAGCGUAUAAACGUUGCAAUAAGGAAAUUAAUAAAGCAAUAAUCACAGCUAAAGAAAAGUGGAUUUCAGAGAAGUGCGUGGAAUUAGAGGACUUACAAAAGAAACACGACUCAUUUACAUUACACAAAAAAAUAAAAGAAUUAACUGGACCAGCACAACGUUUUUGUCCUCUAACAAUUAUUAACUCAGAUGGUACACUGUGUUCAAACGUACAAGAAAAAAUAUAA